AUGUUGUUGAACAAGAAGACUUUGUUCCAUUUUGCCACCCUUUUAACUUCCGCAGUUGGUGUUCUGGCUCAGGAAGGUGCUGUUGCACCAGAAGACUCUGCCGUUGUCAAGUUAACUUCUGAAACGUUUGAACAGUUUAUCAAAGACAACUCUUUGGCUUUGGUUGAAUUUUUUGCCCCAUGGUGUGGUCAUUGUAAAACCUUGGGCCCUCAAUUUGUGAAGGCCGCUGAUGCUUUGCAGGAAAAGGACAUUCCUUUGGCUCAGGUUGACUGUACUGAACAGCAAGAGCUAUGUAUGUCUCAAGGUAUCAGAGGUUAUCCAUCUUUGAAGACUUUCAAGGAUAAUGACAUCAGCAACCCUAGGGACUAUGAAGGUGCAAGAUCUGCUGAUGCUAUCAUUAACUACAUGAUUAAGCAAACUUUACCUGUAGUGCAGAAUGUCGAGUCCGAGAAAGCUUUGAAUGAAAUUGUACAAAACGCCACUGUUCCAGUCAUUAUCUCCAAUGGUGCUUCUAAAUUGAAUGAAACUUUCUACCAAAUCGCUAACAAGUUCUCCGACGAAUAUAUUUUUGCCUCUUGUCCAGAAUUGAAAUCCGAGUUAUCUCUUCAGUUGCCUGGUGUCGCUGAACCAAUUGUUUUCAACGGUGACGUCAAGAAGGCUGAAACCGAUGCUGAAGUCUUGGAAAGCUGGAUUAAGGUCGAAGCUUUACCAUACUUUGGUGAAGUUAACGGCAGCACCUUCUCCUCUUACUUGGAAAGCGGUAUUCCUUUGGCUUACUUCUUUUACACUGAUGAUGAAGAAUUGAAGGAAUACGCUCCAUUCUUCACUGAACUCGCUAAGGAACACCGUGGUAAAUUGAACUUUGCUAGCUUGGACUCUAGAAAGUUCGGUAGACAUGCUGAAAGCUUGAACAUGCGUGAACAAUUCCCAUUGUUUGCUGUUCACAAUGUUACUAGCAACUUGAAAUACGGUUUGCCACAAUUAGCACAAGAGGAGUUUGAGAAACUGACCGAUACCGUCAAAUUGGAAACCAAGCACAUCAGCAAAUUAGUCAAGGACCUACUGACUGGUAAGGCUGAACCAAUAGUCAAGUCGGAAGAGAUCCCAGAAGUUCAGGAAUCUAACGUUUACAAGAUCGUUGGUAAGACCCACGAAGAUCUAAUUAACGACAACAAGAAGGACGUCUUGGUCAAAUACUACGCUCCAUGGUGUGGUCACUGUAAGAGAUUGGCUCCAAUCUACGAGGAGUUGGCUAACAUCUUGGCCUCUGACAAGAGCGCCGCAAAGAACUUCAUCAUCGGUGAAGUUGAUGCCACACUUAACGACAUCCAAGACGUCAUGAUUGAGGGCUACCCAACCAUUAUCUUGUACCCAGCCGGUAAGGAUGCUGAGCCAGUGUUGUUUAACUCCCAAAGAGACUUGGACUCUUUCUUGUCUUUCCUAGAGGAAAAUGCUGGUAACAAGGUCGAUACAGCUGUCGUUCGCGAAGCUUACGAGAAGGAAUUGGCUGCUAAGGAAGAAGCCGAAGACGAAGAGGAGGAUGCCGAAGAGACCGCCCACGAUGAAUUGUGA